UGUGCACCCCUCCAGUAAACCUUUCCGUUUCCUUCCUGUUCAGGUUUCUCGAGUUCUCUCUCUAAAAUUCAAUCUCUCUCCAAAAUUUCAUCUCUUCUCCUUCAAACCAGUUUCUCUCUCUAGAACUCCCUCGCCGCUGCCUUCUCUCUUUCACUUUCUUGAUGAAAACGACUCAUUUCCUAGCUCCUCUGUCACUUCCAUGUCCGCCGUCGGUGGGUAUUAUAAGCUCACGGAGCUCUCGGUUUUGUUCAUUUCUUUUUUGGUACCCCAAAUGCUCUGAGAAAAAGGGAUUGAAUCGCUUGGUUUUUCGGUGAGCAAACAGAGCUGGGUUCUUUUGUGUUUUUAUCGUGACUGAUGGAAAUUUGGUGUCUUUGGUUCGAAUCUGCAGCACACAAGAGGAAAAGACCGCGACCCGUGAAGUAUGACGACGAGAACCCGGUGGUUCAAAACAGUCCCAUUUCUUCUACGGCCAAAGUGGUGGCUGAUCAGCCUGCUAAAGUUGAGACUUCCCUUCCGAAUUUGGAAAAAAAAAACCCAGGAUCUCCAGCUGAAAAUGGCGGGUCUUCGUAUGAUUUGCCCCACUCUCAAGCUGUUCCGGCAUCGCUGGAGGCUCAGCAGGAGUCAAUUAGGCCGGAGAGCAACACGGUGUCGAAGUCCAGGCCAGUGAACGAUAAUCGGAGAGUCGAAAUGUUAAAACAAGCAAGGAGGAGCCUCAAUCUCCCAAGAAGGAACCUACUGGUCUCAGAUUGGAUGAUAAACGUGAAGAAAUCACACUGACCAAACCGUGAUAAAAUACAGAGAGAUGUGAAGUUAAAGAGAAGGGGGGACUAAAUCAAUCUUCGAUUUACCCGACCAAUAAUUCAACAUUCAAGGAAGAUGGUGAAAAUCAGAACCCCAAUCUAUCAACCCCUCCAAUGAACCAAGCUAAGGCCAUGAAGGCAACAAUCAAAUCAAGCACAGAGAAGAAGCAACCAAUUGAGAGCACAACGCCGAACAAUGAGGUUUCUGUUGAAAGGUUGAGUUCAAUGGAGAAAUAUGUAUUUGGAUUAGGCUCUGCUCAGGAAAAAGUUGUCAAGUUAAGCAAACAAUUGAGCCAUUUAAAAAGUUUGGUUUCCCGCCACCCAGAUGCGGUCACAGUAGUUACAGGAAUUGUAGGUUCUGCAGGACUGACGCCUACAGUGGUUGCAAUAGAAGCAGGGAAAGACAUAGCAUUAGCCAAUAAAGAGACCCUGAUUGCUGGAGGCCCUAUUGUUCUUCCUCUUGCCCCCAAGCAUAAUUGAUGCAGAAUGGUUGGUGUUGGAGUUGGAAAUAAGUCGGCAUUCGUAUAGAUUAUUCUUUCCCUUCCUUGCACCAGAAAGUAAAUAUUAUUCCAAGAAGCUGAAAAGGAAUCAGUGGCUAACAAAGUCAGUGGCAAUCGAUCAAGAAG